AAAGAUUUUUGUAUUAUUGACCCAUACAUAGGAAUCACUUUUGAGACAGCCCAUUCUCUUAUAUAUUUUCAAAUUUCAAUUGAAUAUCAUAUAAUAAAUUUAUUUAUAUAUUUGUAAGUUUGUAUAUUGUGUUUAAGUUAUUCCGAUGCCUAGUCUAUAUCAUUUGGCAUUGAGGUCACAUCCUUUACACGAUGGUUGAGGUGAGUCUUUCUGCCAUUGUUUUUAAAAUAAUCCUUUACUUGAUGAGAACUUUGGCUUUUUUAAUGAUGCCUGAUUGAAUGUAGCUAAGGUAUUUGCUAAAAAUACUAGGAUAAUAUUUAUCUAUGAUUUGUUGAAUAAAAAAACUGAGUAUUUUCUAAAAUUUGUUAUGGUUUUAUUGGGUGAUAUUUGACUUGUUAAUGACCAUGACUUGGCUGAAAGCUCAUCAACAAUUCCACUGGGUUUGUUCAAAGUGAACUUGAUGAAAGAAUUGUUCUUAAGCUUCCUUUCAAGUAAAUUUAUUAUGAAUGUGUUUGAUAUCCUUUUGUAAAUUAUUCAUUUAUUUUAGUACUGAUUUAAUACAUAUCGUAAGUUGCUAUUUUGUUGCUUUUCUUUUAGCUAUUGGAGCAAGAGAGUGAGUUUAACACUCCUACUCUUCUUGUACUACUUCAGUCUAUAUGUUAUCCAAUGCUUUUAUUCUCUAUAGAAACUUUAAUUUAUAUCUCAUAGUUCUAGUGAUUUAUAUCACCAAUUUGUUUCAUCGUUGGAUUUGUACAUUUUUUUGUGUGUAUUUCUGAGACUGGCAUUUUCGAUCAAAAUGUAGAAAAUUUGAUUUUUUUUUUAUCCAUUUCUUGAUUUGAUUUAAGAAGUCUAUCAUUGAAUCUUAGAAUUAAAAGUUACAUGUGACGGACAGAGAUCAUAACUAUGGAGAGAGUUUUAAAUUUAACAGAGUAGCUAUCCAUUCUUUUAUUUAUAGUCUUAUUGAGUGAUGGCUGUCAUUGUGAAUAUCUAAACUUCCCUUAGGUCAGUAUUUGAUUACCUGUAUAGCAUUAUAUAAUUUAUUGGGUUUUGCUAACAUCUGAAGUAGUUGUUCAACAAUUAGCUCAGAUUUAUAAUGAGCAGCUAUGUUUCGGCUAUAAUUCCCUUAUGUGUGCAUGUGCAUAUUUCUUUCCUAAACACAUUGGCAAUGUCAUGCAUGAGAUUUGCUAGUUUAAUAUUAAAACACUUAAGGAUUUGUGCAUAUUCAUUCGCAUUUUCUUAUGCCAUGUAAAAUUUGAUUAUAUAUAUAUUUAUUGAAUGAAUAUUCUUAUAGUAAUUUUAUAUUUUUGAAUUAAUUUAUACUUUAGUUUUUCUUAUAACUUUGAAUUAAUUUAAGAUACAGUAUAAUUUUUUUUUUAAAAAUGUAAAGGAUAAUUAUAUUUGACAUCAUAUAUAUUGAAAUGUUGUUGAGUGGUUAUUGCUGAUUUUUUUGUCUUUUACUAAGAGAUUUCAAACUGUUUUGAACAUUUUCUUUGUUGAAAUGGCCUUUUAAGGGUCUGAUGUUACUAUAUAUAUAUUUGGUGAUUAUGGGACUGAUUCUAUUUCGCAUACCAGUGAUGUUCUUUCUUUGGGAAGUUGGCUAUAUAAUAUACAUCUUCAUCCAUUUUCUUUUAGAAUAUGGAAUUGAAUGCUAGUUUUUCACCCUAUUAUCUUUUCUUAUCAUUUUAUAAAAUUUAAGGUGUAUAAUAUUGUUAAAAUUAUCACUACAUUAAUAAUUUUUAGAAACUAGAUUCCUCUUAGUUUUUUUGAGUAUGUAAGUGUAUGUAAGUCCUUUACAAUUAAUAGUUAUCUCACUUGCUCUCCUACUAAUUGUUUUUGACAGACUUUCCCACUACACUUUGACAUGAUGUUAUUCAUGUUCAAAAUAUUUAAUUUAAUUUUGUUUAAAUAUACUUUUAUUACUCCAUGUUACAUAGUUUUGUUCCAUUAAUGCCUUGUUUCUGGAAAUGCUUCUGCUACUAACAAAGGCAACAAGUAUGAAUAUCAGCUUGCCCAAUUGGUAUUAUGCAAUUUGUUGAGACAUGAGUUAUAGCCCAAUUGGAAUUCUGUAUUUUCUUUGUGAUACACUUUUCUCAGGAGGCUUUCUCAAAUAUUUUAAACAUUUACCAAAACGUGAUAUAUAUAUGAAAGUGCCCUAUGAUUAAUUUUUACUUUUUAAUUGCCUGUGGUUUAUGUAAUUAUCCUCUGCCCAUGUUUCUAAUAGGUUAAGCCCAUCCCAUUUUCUUAAGUUCAAUGUUGACACCUCCAAGAAAAUGGAAAGGAGACGAUAAGCACCUAUUAAAAUUUGUGGUUAAGAAGCAUAUCAAGCAAGGCCAAGGUCAUGAAGGUGGGAUCUUUACAGUUGAAACCCCUCUUCAUGUUUCAAAUGUUCAAGUUAUUGAUCCAGUCACAGGGAAGCCUUGUAAAGUUGGGAUUAAGUAUCUUGAAGAUGGAACCAAAGUAAGAGUAUCCAGAGGUCGUGCAUCAGGAUCCAUUAUUCCUCGUCCUGAGAUAUUGAAGAUAAGGACUAUGCCAAGGCCUAUAGUUGGUUGUGGAAGAUGGAUAUGAGUUCUUUGCUAACCGAAAACUUGUGUCGCUAUUCUUAGCGCCUAACUACUGUGGCGAGUUUGACAACAACUUAUGGAACAUGAUUAAAGUCCAUUAUAUGUUCUGUAUAUCAUUCAAUGUUUGGAGCAUAUAUGUUUUUUGGUAGAUCUUUUGCUAAAGCGGAAAUGACACCGUACAUAUGAACUUAAUGCUGGUGUCACGAUGAGUGUUGAUGAGAGCUUAAUGUGUUCUUUCCAGAUUUUAAAACCAACUGAUAAGAAGCCAAAGUUUGGAUUUGGCAGUGCUGCAGCUACUACUAGGCCAGGUCCUCCUAGUAAAGUGAAGGAACUAACAAUUGUCUUUACAGAGAGCUUUUUGUCUAAUGAUGAUAUUAAAUGUACUUUGUUACAUUGUAUGUCACUCUCAUAGAAAUUGAUCAUUUACAGAGAGCUUUUUGUCUAAUGAUGAUAUUAAAUGUACUUUGUUACAUUGUGUCACUUUGAUAGAAAUUGAUCAUAAUGCACAG